AUGGCUCUCCUGCGGUACGCGGCCAAGGUGUCCCUCGUAUCAAUUGGGGGCCUUCACAUUCCCCUCACCCCGUUUUUGCUUCGUCGCCCAGCUUGCUGGCAUCUCCUCGCCGUGUCGCUGUCGCUGGCUGCUGCGCUGCGCCCGCACGCCAGCCGUCGGAUGCAACGGACGGCAUCCAGGCCGACGGCGCGAUGUCAGAGUCACUCGGCAGCUGGCCGGCGGCUCACAGAGGCGUUGCCGCGUUGUCGUCUCCAAGAGCCGCCACUCCCGCCCCGCCGCGCUUCGUUCGUCGGCCACUGCAAGCUGCGAAUCGGCGAUCCGAUCGCCUCUGCUAAGCUGAGUAUGCAAGGAGAAGGUACAUCAAGCAUGUCAUUGGGACAUAGGAGCACAGAAUCAACAUUCACCGUGGAGGCCGAUACAGGCACGCACACCUUUGAGAUUGAUGACUACAACCUAACGAAGAACUUAAUAAGCGUUGGCAAUUUCACGAGGUCAACCACCUUCAAUGUUGGUGGCGUCAACUGGGCCAUCCGCUUCUACCCCAACAGCACUUGUCUGCUAUUUAGGAACAGCGUGGCUGUCUGCUUGGAGCUAAUGAGUAGCAAUGCUGAGGUGAGUGCACACUACAACAUCCAGUUCAUGGGCAGCAGGUACCCCAAGAUGGACAGCCAGUUGUCGUGGCUUUCGAGUGAAGCAUCAUGCCUGUUCAGCUCCAGCGACCUCUCAGAUGGUUCAUAUCUACCAAUAAGGCACAUGGGUUACUUGCUGAGGGACCUCCUCGAGCAGUGGUUUGUCCAUAAUGAUCACGUAACCAUUCACUGUGACCUCACUGUGAUACGAAAACCCACCUUGUUUCAAAAUAUGGCACAGACUGAAAUCUCAAUUCCACCAUCUGACUUCACAAUGCAUUUUGGCAAGUUGCUGGAGGAUAAGAAGGGAGCAGAUGUCACAUUUGUUGUUGAGGGGCAGAACUUUGAUGCACAUAAGGCUGUUCUGGCUGCCCGGUCUCCUGUCUUCAUGGAGAAGUUCUAUGGGUCGAUGACCAGAGAGACAGAGACUGGAUCUGUGAUAGUGGAAGAUAUGAAACCCUUGGUUUUCAAGUCUCUUUUGCAUUUUAUCUAUACAGACAUGUUGCUUGAGACGUUUGAUCCUCUGGGACAUGACUACAUAGAGAUGAUCAAGAACCUACUAGUUGCUGCAGAUACAUAUGCCAUGGACAGGUUGAAAUUAAUGUGUGAGAGCAUACUAGCGAAGAAGCUUAGCAUCGAGAAUGUUGAUGAAUUUAUGGACAUAGCUCAACGCCAUAGUGGCCAUAAGCUCAAAGAAGCAUGUAUAGAGUUUAUGGCAUCACUAUCUGAGAGGGAUUUUACCAGAACAUGCGGGAAGAUCAAAAGUUCUGAUUCUUCUUUUCUGAUAGCUGUAUUUGACAGGAUAAAGCGGAUCAAGAAAAAUUAG